AUGACCAAGGUGAAGCGUCCUCGCGCGGUGCAGGGAAAGACCACGGCUGAAUUUAAGAGCCCCGAAGGUCUCAUUGAAGCCCUCAAGUCCCGAAACCCUGAUGUGCUUAAAAAUACUCUUGUUCAUUUCGAAACCAAAUCACCGUGGCAUAUGGCGAACGGCCUGGCAUUAGGGAUACACCAAGUGGACAAAACGGAUGUAGUGCUCGCUGCCCUCAAAGUUCUAGGUGCAGCCGCAUUGAUAGAUCAACGGUUGACUUUUGAUGCUGUUUCCUGGACGGCAAAGGCUCUACCAAAACUCCUUUCACAUCGACAUCGAACGCCAACAUCCGAACCUCUGGUUUAUCUAUCUAUUCGCACUGCCCUUGUGACACUCAUUCUCGCACUUCUUCCCUUGACUUUACCUAUCGAGUUGUUCACUGCGUUAUUCAAGGGAAUAGCUCAAGAUGAGGGUGUGGUUGUUAAAUUAGUCUUAGAAACAUGCUGGGAAAAGGUCUGGGGUGACGUCAAGGUUCCGAAGAGCUUGAAGCCACUCUACGACAGGAUGGACCCUGAUAUCACAGACCCUUUGGCACCUGCUGACGUCGUUCAUCACUUCCUCCUCGCCCUAUGUACCAAACCAGACCUACGUCCGGCAGGGAAGGAUGAAGGAGGUGAAGAGGAAGGUAGUGAAGCGAACUCAAAAGGGACAGUUUAUAAUCCUUUGCUACUGAAGUUGUUGAGGACUUUACGACCCGCUGUGGAUGCAAGGCAACAUGAACUUGCAGUGCGAAUUUUGAACGCAUGUCCUGACUUGGUCGGUGCUUACUUUGCAAAAGCUUGGAACCCCGACUAUCUACAAGAUGGAUCACAAGCGUCGGUUUUAUUGCUUCAGUCGUCAAAGCAGAUCUUCCGACUGAUUCCUUCUAUAUGGAUGCUCCCACACACUCUCGCAACCUCAUCGACCUCGAGCAGAGCGUACCGAGCAGAUCCUCCCACCACUUUCUGCAAUCGUCGAAAGCGUUAUCCCCAAUUUAUUAACACGAGCAUGGUUGACCAAAGGACUUCUUGCAAAACCUGCUCCAUCGGAGAACCAAACACGGUCCCGGCGAGCACGGGAACACUCGUUCAACAUACGACAAUUCGACUCAUCACCCAGUGUCUACUCAAGUUGUCCAAUGUUCUCGAAGCAUUCCCUCCUGGUUGGAGUGAACGUGCUGCAGAGGUUGUGGACGCGGUCCGAAAACGAGUUCCUGAAUUGGGAGUUGUGGUUGGGAUCACUCAAGAAGCUUCCAAGGCUCUCCAGAAAAACGAGGACACGACCAUGGAUAAUGAAGUGGAAGUCGGGAGCUUUUGCUCGCAGAGGGUUCUUUGA